AUGAGCGACUACGGCGAUGACUUUGACGAUGAUUAUGGUGACGAAUGGCUCUACGUCGAGGACGAGUACAUGCAAGCCGACGACCUAGCCGAACACGCAAUCGCAUCGCCGCCUCCGACCGCGUAUGACGAAGACAGACUCGACGAGUGGGACCGCUUCGACUACUUCAACGACCUCGAGUACGACUUCGAAGGCUACGACGACGCCAACUUUCAACCGCACAAUGGCGAGACAGGUCAGCCCAAGAUUGGCCAGAAGAGGAAGCGCGGUGCUGUAGCAGGCCGCAGCAACAAAAAGCAGAGGCUUGUCAAUGGCGAGGGAGGACCGGAAGGGGACGUUGCGUGGCUGACCAACUCGCCCAUCAUAUGGCGCGCUCAGACAGAUAGAGGCGCCAAACCGAAGCCGUUGCCAGAGAAUGCUGAGCCAUAUGCGAUUUUGAAGGACUGGAGGAAGCUGGCGAAGUCUCCGGGUUGGGCUCAAAAGCCCUCACAUACACCUUCAAAGGGACAUGCGCCGCAAACGGAGCUUGCGUCGCUGACCCCGAAGUCUCACAUCGAUGAGGGAGAGCAGGAAUGGGAAGACGAGGAGGUCAUGGAUGGGGAGAAUGAUGUUGGAGAAGAUCCAGGCAUCGAAGGAAUUGACCCCACUGCUUUAAUGGCUGCUCUACAAGCACGUCUUGGGUCCGCAGGCGGUCCUCUUAGCGGAAUGGAUCCCCAACAGCUGCUUCAAUUCGCCUUGCGCAUGGCUAAUGACCAAGAUGCGGGCGACGAUAUCGCGGCUGAAUUGGCAGACGAGAUGCUGAAUCAGGGCGAUGACGAAGAGGAAGAUGAAGAAGCGGAGGCCAAUUUGGUGUCGUGGGUCUCGCAGCAGCGCAAUGGCAACAAUAAUGAUACUUCUGCAUCCUCCGAUGCAAAGGCGACGACCGAUGAGACCAUGCUCGACGCCCAUUCCGAGAAGACCAGUGCUCCCAAAGUCAAACAGCAGCCCCACAGCUUGGAAAUCAAGCAGAGAUCUCGCAAGCGGAAGGCCGACAGUCCUGCUCACACUCCAGCUGCCUCACCGAAGAAACGUGCUACGAAGUCGUUAGAGGUACCGACUGCGGCAAGUUCAGCCAAAUCAGCUCCUGCAAAGACCACACGGAGUGGACGUGUUCGACGAUGA